AGACUGCGCACCCAGCCCGAGCGGGGGAACUGCGGCUAGAGUGCUGGCUGAGAGAUAGACGAGUCGUGUCGCGUCCGCACCCCAGCCUCUAGCAAACAGGAUUUGCUUUCUGCUUGCUGUGAACUGAGGUACCCAUGAUGGGCUUAGCCGAAAAGGACAAAAGCUGUUCCGGGUGAGCCCAGGCCGCCCCGGAAAUGCGAUGGCCGAGGAGCGGGCACCAAGGACCAGAAUGAGAUUGAGUUUCGGACCAAGACACUGGAUUCUCAUAGCUCAGAGAGCUCUGAGUAUGUAAUGGUGAAAGUGGCAUAGUCCGCAUUAACAUCGCACAGAAGACAUGGCAGCUCAGGAACACACGUGGACUUGUAGUGCAUGGAAAUGUGUGCACAGAAAAAGGAAGUCUGUAAUUCUUUAAAGAUAGGAAGACAUUCUUCCUUACCAAAAUGGGCUCAUCUUCCUCAGUUAUCAAGUUUGAAAACCUCCAAGAAUUAAAGAGACUAUGUCAUUGGGGUCCCAUUAUAGCCCUUGGUGUUAUAGCAAUAUGUUCUCUGAUGGCCAUGAUUGACUCUGUGUUGUGGUAUUGGCCUUUACAUACAACUGGAGGAAGCGUGAAUUUCAUCAUGUUGAUAAACUGGACUGUCAUGAUUCUUUAUAAUUACUUCAACGCUAUGUUUGUUGGUCCUGGCUUUGUCCCCCUGGGAUGGAAACCGGAAAAUUCUCAGGAUUGCAUGUACCUCCAGUAUUGUCAAGUCUGCCAGGCAUACAAGGCACCGCGGUCACAUCACUGCCGAAAGUGUAACAGGUGUGUGAUGAAGAUGGACCAUCACUGUCCGUGGAUCAACAACUGCUGCGGUUACCAAAACCACGCUUCGUUCACGCUGUUCCUGCUUCUAGCGCCCUUGGGCUGCAUCCAUGCUGCCUUCAUUUUUGUUAUGACCAUGUACACACAGCUUUAUAACCGGCUCUCCUUUGGGUGGAACACGGUCAAGAUUGAUAUGAGUGCAGCCCGGAGAGACCCUCCUCCAGUUAUUCCGUUUGGAUUAGCUGCGUUUGCUGCCACCUUGUUUGCCUUGGGAUUAGCUUUAGGAACCACCAUCGCCGUUGGGAUGUUGUUUUUUAUCCAGAUGAAAAUAAUUCUCAGAAACCAAACUUCUAUUGAAUCGUGGAUUGAAGAAAAGGCUAAAGAUCGCAUUCAGUAUUACCAACUAGAUGAAGUCUUUGUUUUUCCUUAUGACAUGGGAAGUCGGUGGAAGAACGUUAAACAGGUGUUCACCUGGUCAGGGGUCCCGGAAGGAGACGGGCUGGAGUGGCCGAUCAGAGAAGGCUGUCACCAGUACAGCUUAACAAUAGAACAGCUGAAACAAAAAGCAGAUAAAAGAGUGAGAAGUGUGCGGUAUAAAGUGGUAGAAGAUUACAGCGGUGCCUGCUGUCCUCUGAAUAAAGGGCUCAGAACCUUCUGCACGAGCCCCUGCACUGAAGAGCCUCGAGUGCGGCUGCGCAGAGGGGAGUUCGUUCUGGCCACCAGAGGGCUACGGUACUGGUUGUAUGGAGACAAAAUUCUUGACGAUUCCUUUAUAGAAGGUGUAUCAAGGAUGAGAGGGUGGUUCCCGAGAAACUGCGUGGAGAAGUGUCCCUGCGAUGCCGAGGCGGAGCAAGCCUCAGAGGGCGAGAAGAAAAAUAGAUAGCCGCUCCUGAAACACAGUUCUCCUUUCAGUCCGCUCCGUUACUUGAAAAUUGUACACAUCACUAAAGAAUUAUGCAAUGAGGCCACUCUGGUUAAGGUGUUCUUUUCCUCAAAGGUGCCCUAGUGCCAUGAUCUAAGUAUUUUUAUGACCAUUUUGCAAUGGAGAAGCCAUUCUGCAUAUGCCUUUGAAUUCCUGCCCCUCCUCACCGCCUCUUUCUCCCCCCAAAGGGAGAAACACUUCACCCAAGUAAGUCGGCUGCGUUUGCUGUAGGACUUUUUAUGCGCUGCCCACUGUGGGCCUCACCUGCAGGCGUAGACCCCUCCUCCAGGAGCAUCUGCAUGUGAUGCUUCCACCCACCUUCCCCGUCGGUAGGUAUUUCUUAUGUAAUCUAGAUACUGUAGCCCUUAAUUUGUCAGAUUCAAUAUAAGAUCAGAUUUUGUUACCUGUCUUUUAAUAAUGCUGAUUUUGUCAAAUCAAAGACCAAUGGAUGUUCUCUAUAAAUCAUAGUUUUUACUUAAA